UCAUCAUUAAUGCAGUCCUUACUGCUCGAGCUUCUUCCUCGAUUGCUUUCCCCCUCUCUUGGGUUCCAUAAUCCCUUUUGCUUUCAUUAUUUUCUCAGUCCAGCGCCUAGCUACGAUUCCCUUUCCCUGUCCUUAUCAUCUGAGCUGAUAUGGCUGCUUCUUUAUUUAUCUUAAUGAGUCCCUUCUUCGGUGGCUUCCAGGUCACUUGAUGUUGUUGCUGCGGUGUUGCUGCUGCAAUGCCAAAUGAACACCAGGAAGUUGUGUAGCUUAAGCGCAGGAAGCCGAGACUUCUUUUACACUUCACUAUCAAAUGCAUUGUCCUCCGUUACAAACCAAAGAAACCUCCGCAGAAUCCAUUCUUUGAUAAUUACAUUAGGCCUGCACAAUUCUGUACUGUUCUCAGGAAAACUCAUUUCCAAAUACUCCCAAUUUAAAGACCCACUUGCUUCAUUGUCGAUUUUUGGACAAAGUUCGCAUAAAAAGAAUGUUUAUUUGUGGAAUACAAUCAUUAGAGCCAUGACCCAUAAUGGAUUAUACUCUACAGCACUAGAUUUUUACACCCAGAUGCGGGAAUUAAGGAUUGUGCCUGAUAAUUAUACCCUUCCUUCGGUUAUUAAUUCGUGUGCGAAUUUGUUGGAUUUUGAGACGGCAAAACUUGUUCAUGAUCAUGUUUUAGAGGUGGGUUUUGGUUCAGAUUUGUAUAUAUGCAAUGCUUUGAUAGAUAUGUAUUCGCGGCUGAAUAACUUGGAUAGAGCAAGGAAUGUGUUUGAUGGAAUGUCUAAAAGAGAUUUGAUUACCUGGAAUAGUUUGAUUUCUGGGUAUAGUUCAAAUGGGUAUUGGGAUGAAGCAUUGGAAUUCUUUUAUAAGUUGAGAAUGGUUGGUUUGCUACCGGAUUGCUUUACUGUGUCGAGUGUUUUACCAGCAUGUAGUGGCUUAAUGGAGGUUGUGGAGGGUCAACUAAUUCAUGGUUUAGUGGAGAAGAUUGGUGUUAUGAGAGACGUCAUUGUGAGUAAUGGUUUGCUUUCUAUGUACUUCAAAUUCGAUAAGUUAGUCGAUUGUGAAAAAGUUUUUAAUAAGAUGGAUGUUAGAGAUACAGUCACUUGGAAUACUAUGAUCUGUGGGUUCUUUCAUUCUUCCUUGUAUGAAGAAUCAAUCAGGUUGUUUUUUCAAAUGGUGCAUGAUUUUGAACCUGAUACAAUAACACUUUCAUCUGUUUUGCAAGCUUGUGGUCAUGUCAGGGACUUGAAGUCCGGAAGAUCAGUGCAUGACUACAUGGUGAAAAAUAGAUACACAGGUGACAUAACAGCUAACAAUCUCCUAAUAAACAUGUAUACAAAGUGCGGUGAAUUAUUGGCUUCAAGGGAAGUUUUUGACAGUAUGAAAAGCAGAGAUUUAGUGUCUUGGAACUCUAUGAUUAGUGGUUAUGCUGAAAAUGAAUUUUAUGAGGAAGCAAUAGAGCUUUUCAACAUGAUGAAGAUGGAAUUGGAGCCUGAUUCCAUCACGUAUGUGAUUCUUUUAACGCUGUGUAUACAAUCUACUAACAGAUAUUUUGCGACACAGCUACAUUGCACUCUCUUAAAGCAAGGAUUUGAUUCCAUCAUAACUGUGGGUAACUCACUCAUAGAUAUGUAUGCCAAAGUUGGAGAACUGGACAAUUCUUUGAAACAAUUUGAGAACAUGGAAGCUCGGGAUGUAGUGACAUGGAAUACUAUUAUAGCUGCUUGUGGUCAUUGCGAAGACUGUAGUUUAGGUUUAAGAAUGAUCAGCAGAAUGCGGAAUGAAGGAAUUACUUUUGAGGUACCUACCCUGUUGAGCACCUCGCUGUGUUCCUUUCUAGGUGCCAAACGUCAAGCUAAAGAGUUGCAUGGCUGCAUUUUCAGGCUUGGUUUUGAGUCAGAUGUUUCAAUUGGCAAUGCAGUGAUUGAAAUGUACUCCAAAAGUGGAAUUUUGUGGUACUCCAUGAGAGUUUUUAAGCUCAUGAAAACAAAGGAUGUCAUAUCGUGGACUGCACUGAUCUCUGCAUAUGGAAUGUACGGUGAAGGAAUGAAAGCUCUAAAAGUUUUUCAGAGGAUGAAGAAAGUUGGUAUUGCUCCUGAUCAUGUUGUGUUUGUUGCCAUAUUGUUUGCAUGUAGCCAUUCUGGUUUGGUGCAAGAAGGAUGGGAUUGCUUUUACCAAAUGAAGAAUGACUAUAGUAUUGAGCCAAGGAAAGAACAUUAUGCAUGCAUGGUUGAUCUUCUAUCUCGAUCUGGCCUGUUAGCUGAAGCAGAGGAUUUCAUCCUUUCGAUGCCACAAAAACCAGAUGCAAGUAUAUGGGGAGCUCUGCUUAGUGCUUGCCGAUCCAGUGGAGAUAUUAAGAUUGCUGAACGUGUGUCAAAACGUCUACUUGAAUUAAAUUCAGAUGAUCCAGGAUAUCAUGUUUUAGCAUCAAAUGUUUAUGCUGCCUUAGGGAAGUGGGAUAAAGUGAAAAUGAUAAGAAAAUCCUUGAGAGCAAGAGGUCUGAAAAAGCAACCUGGAUUUAGUUGGUUGGAGAUUCAAAAUAGGGUUUAUAUUUUUGGCACCGGACACCGGUUCUUUGAACAGUGCAAAGAGGUGCAUGAUUUCCUUUUUGUCCUUUCAGAUCUAAUGGCCAAGGAAGGUUAUGUGGCUGAUCUAAGAUUUGCCUUGCAUGAUGUUGAAGAUGAUGAAAAGGUUGAAAUGCUUUGUGGGCAUAGUGAAAGGCUUGCCAUUGCAUUUGGUGUGUUGAAUACAGAACCAGGUUCCCCUUUGCAAAUAAUGAAGAACCUACGUGUUUGUGGAGAUUGCCAUACUGCAACCAAAUAUAUAUCGAAGAUCUUGCAACGAGUAAUUUUAGUCAGAGAUGCAAAUAGGUUUCAUUUAUUCAAGGAUGGAACUUGUAGCUGUGGAGAUCAUUGGUGAUAGUCUUGUUAUUCUUAAAUUCUGAUGAAGGGCAAUAUUAG